UGGACUGCGCAGCUUACGCGACACUUUAGUACGUGAAGAGAGGUGUUAAAUGUUGUUUCGGUCGAUCUGUCAGAAACAAACAUUUCAUCGAUCUGCGUAACGUUUUGAUUGAAAAGCUCAGUGAAUUUAGUGUUAAUCGGAUUUUCUAAUUUAUCAAGCAAUCGCAAGAAUAACAGCGAUCAGUGACCAAUGGGGAAAGAUUACUAUAAAAUAUUAGGCAUAAGCAAAAAUGCCAGUGAUGAUGAUAUUAAAAAGGCUUACAGAAAGUUAGCUUUAAAGUAUCAUCCUGAUAAAAAUAGGAGUGCUGGGGCAGAAGAAAAAUUUAAGGAAAUAGCAGAAGCUUAUGAGGUACUUUCUGAUGCUAAGAAGAGGGAAGUCUAUGACAAAUUUGGAGAGGAAGGACUGAAAGGAGGAGCUGGAUCUGCAGGAGGAGGUGGUGGUGGUACAACAUAUACAUACCAUGGAGAUCCAAAGGCAACCUUUGCUCAAUUCUUUGGUUCUGCUAGCCCCUUCCAAGCAUUCUUUGAAUUUGGAACUCCUAUUGGAAACAGAGUGUUUAACCUUCAUGAUGAUGACAUGGACAUUGAUGAUCCACUUGGUCUGGGAAUUGGUCAUCAUCAACGUCAAGGUGGCCAAGGUGGAGCCUUUAGGUCACAUUCUUUCAACUUUGUUGGACCUAACUCAGGCAGGGGAGGCAACAAAGACCGUGCUCAAGAUCCUGCCAUAGAACAUGAUCUGUAUAUCACUUUAGAAGAAAUUCUACAUGGCUGUACGAAAAAAAUGAAAAUCUCCAGACGUGUUGUACAACCUGAUAACACUACCAGAAAGGAAGACAAAGUUCUUACAAUUAAUGUAAAACCAGGAUGGAAGGCAGGCACUAAGAUCACCUUCCAGAAAGAAGGUGACCAAGGCCGUGGAAAAGUUCCAGCUGAUAUUGUUUUCAUCAUCAGAGAUAAACCCCAUCCUCUGUUUAGAAGGGAAGGCAGUGAUAUAAGAUACACUUGUAAAUUAAGCUUAAAACAAGCUUUAUGUGGCACUGUCAUUGAAGUUCCUACGCUUACCGGCGAAAAAAUCAACUUAAAUUUGACAAGAGAAAUUGUUAAACCUAAUUUGGUCAAGAGGAUUCCAAAUCAUGGCCUACCAUUCCCAAAAGAACCACCAAGGAAAGGUGAUCUUUUGGUUUCAUUCGACAUCAAAUUCCCCGAUGCAUUAACGCAAGAUACAAAGGACAUACUGUAUGAUACUCUGCCAAAUUGAGAACACAAAAUUGAAGGAAAAAAAGAAAGGAUAAUUGUCAUCACAACGACAGUCCUCUAAUCGUCCCAAUUGACGAGACUAAACACUCGUGUACGUUCUAGUACAUAAAGCGUGGUUAGAGAGCUGUGAAAAAAUAUUUGUUGAGGCGAAGCAAAUAAUAAUUUUAUCUCAUAGCUAGGAAAAUGUGAUUUUUCCAUUAGUCAAGUGUAAAAGAAAGUCAGUUUUUUGAUUCGGAUUUAGACAGGCUUAUUUUCGUUAGAAUUCGGAACGAAAGAAAAGAUGGAGGAUAUGUUGCUUUGGUAGUACAGUGAAAUGUACUUUGCCUUUACAUGCGGGAAGAAAGAUCCUAAAUAGUGAUUAAAAACGAAUAUAUUACACUAAGUUAUAUGAUUUAACAGAGAGAGAGUCUGUUACAGUGCAACUCUGUAUGAAUGCGAUCUGAUUAAUUUUGUUCAUUCUGUACAUUCAGAGUAUGUAUUAUGAUAUAUGCAUCUUGGGUGAAUGAGUGUGUAUUUGUGCGUGUGUGCAUAGUCUGUAAGUAUUGCUCUAUGGCGCGGAUUUGUAUGAACGGUAGUUUCGUGGAAGUAUGACAAAUUGAGCCACCAUCAUUGUGUUCAAAUCGUCAUGUUUCUUCCCUCUUUUCUAUUUUAUUUCAUUAUUCAUGUAUCAUGAUUUAAUUCGUUUUUGUUCUCAAUGAAACGUGUAUACGCAGUAAGAAGCUAGACGAGUAUAUUUAAAAGCGUUAAAAAGAAUUACGACUUUACUUGUUUUUCUUUACACGCUCGCAGUGAUCAGUGGAACAUUUUGUCAUAUGGAAGCAGAUGUGCCUGUAAACGACUAUUUGUAAUAUCGAGCUGAUUGUUUUCUUAUGUAACGCGACUUCUUAAUUUUAAUGGUUGGUUAAUUAUUUGUACGCUAAAAUAAUAUCGAUACAAUUAAGUGACACGAUUUUGUAUUUUUAUUGGAUCCUUUUGUCUCAUGAUUCGCUCCUACGCUGGAUAUAACAUCGGGACACUCCUAAAAUAGACAGCGAAGUAGGUGACGUCAUCGUCCUAUCUCCCGAGAUACUUUCACACAAGUGCGUGGCGAAACAGUAGAAUUUCAGUGUAAAUACGUACGCGUACUGCACACGUAAGUAAAGUGUUCACCCUUUAAUUUUAUAUACGUGUACACAUAUUAUAUUUAUAUUGAUAUACAAUUUAUCUGAUAUAUCGACAUAUUUAUAUUUAUAUUGUAUAUACGGCAUGAAGGAGGCGAUCAAGCAAUAAUAUUAACGAAACAAAUAAAAAUAAGUAGA